CUUUUCCACCUCUAUUCGGUUCUUCGGCGCGUCUGCCUCCAUCCUUCAAAAUGAGGUUGCUGGCAAUUGGGGCCGCCGUCCUUUCCUUUGCGUCGACAACUCUCUGCGCAGAGAAGGGGAAUUUAACCAAACCACUUGCUUCACGAUUAAUCCUACCUUCGACCUUCAAGCCUCCGCAGAACUUCAAGAAUGUCAACCUUGUGCACAUCAUCAACCUCGAGAAGAGCUACCCCAAAGAGCAGAUCAAUGUGGUGAUUGAGAAUAUUGCGGGCACGCCCCAGGAUGAAUACUUUAUACCCUUCACCUCUCAGCAGAUGGCGACAAUUGGUGGACUGGAGGUGAAGGACAAGAAGAAUCUGGAUAGAGGUCUGUUCGAGGUCAGGGCUGUCGAAUUUGAUCCAGAAAGCGAUACCCAAUUCUACCGUGUCCGUUUGGCUCAGCCACUUGCGCCAAAGGCACAAAUAACUCUGGGAAUCACAUACUCCUACCUGUCCGCUCUCCACCCCCUUCCUAAACACAUUGGCCAACAAGAGUCGCAAUUCUUGGUCUACGAAUUCUCUGCAUACUGCCCCUCGGCUUAUGUCACACUGAAGCAGAAGACCGAAGUCAAAUUCCCAUCUGGAAAUGUCCCAGAGUAUACUAUCGUCCCGGGAGGCGAGGUAGAAUCCCCGGUCAAGGCUGGAUCGAAGUUCACAUAUGGAUCAUUCGGCGAGGUUCCAGUAGGUGCAGUGGAGCCAGUCAAGGUCCGAUACGAAUUCACAAAACCACUGAUCCACGUUUCUCGACUGGAGAGGGACAUUGAAGUCAGUCAUUGGGGUGGAAACGUCGCUUUCGAGGAACGGUACACUCUCCACAACCACGCAGCAAAUCUCACCAACCAAUUCUCUCGUGUACAAUGGGCAGCUCAGCAAUACUACAACCCAUCAUCCACCGCAAUCAAGGAGCUCAAGUUCCCGCUCAAGGUUGGGAGUUUGGACCCAUACUUCACUGAUGUGAUCGGAAAUGUCUCUACCUCGAGAUUCAGAAGCAACAAGCGCGAAGCAAACCUCGAGAUCAAGCCAAGAUAUCCAGUCUUCGGAGGAUGGAACUACCCAUUCCGUGUUGGAUGGAAUGCGGACCUCAAGAAGUUCUUGCGCAAAUUGAGCACCGGUCAAGGAUAUGUUUUGAAUGUGCCGUUCCUCGAGGGCCCAAAACAGCCGGAGGGAAUGGAGUAUGAGCACAUUGAGCUUCGCGUCAUUCUCCCAGAAGGCGCUAAGAACGUCAAGUACAGCACCGCCGUCCCACUCACCAGCGAAGCAAUCUCCCUCCACCGGACAUUCAUGGAUACCACCGGCCGAACAGCACUCACACUGAAAGCCAUCAACAUCGUCGACGAUUUCAGAGACCGAGAAUUGAUCGUCACAUACGACUACCCUCUCCUCGCAGGUCUGCGAAAACCACUGGUGAUUUUCGUUACUGUCUUUGGUCUCUUUGCUGCGGCGUGGGCGAUUGGGAGUAUCAAUGUGGGUAUAAAGGGCAAGAAAUAAAAUAAGGGUGCAAAAUGGGGCGAGAUAUUUGUACAGCUAUGUAGAAUAUAAAAGCCGGGGGUUUAGUGGUCAACCGUUUGUUGCAGAGUUCCUCGGUGCAAUGCGUACUCGAGAUGUCCAAACGGGAGGCGCGAGGUGAGACCUAGAUAUCGUUACGUGAAGAGCGAGAUCUCAGCGAAAUCGCACAGGUUUCCAGCAGCUCAACUCUUAUCUCAACGCCCUGCAUCCCAGAUAUUUGGACGAGGCUGUCCAUAGGCAUUCAUAUUUCGAAAUGUUGUUUGAGGACAUCAGAAAAUGGAAUAUGUUAUCGCAG